AGAUCUUUCACAAUGUGGCGUGGAAAUCCGAGAAGGGAAAGCUCAUCCAGUUCUGAGGACAGCGAAUUAGGGAGGCGUAGGCAAAGUUCCAGUCGCAGUUGCAGUCCCGAAGAAAACGCUGAAGAAACUAAAUGUUGCCCAAGAAUUGACCACACAUAUCAUGCCUCUGGAUAUGCUGCCUGCGUGAGCUGCAACAGCGUUUAUUGCUCCAAAGCGGUAUGCAAGGCCUUGGAGCAGCAGUACAAGCUGCCCGACAUGAUUUUCAAGCCCAAAAUCGACAUUCCCAAGCUGACCAGGCAGAGAUUCCCGGAGUACAUCGCGUCGCAAGAUGAGUAUUUCGAAAGAAAGGCUCAGCAAUAUGCCAGGGAGCAGAACUUGUCGAAUAGGCCGGAGGACUUUCAGCGUCUUGAACAAGCUCGCGAUACACACGAUGCCUUUUUGGAGUAUGUAAGGGCCAGGAUUCCAAAAAACAUAAUAAUAAGUCCUCCAGUCCGUCCUCGUGCAAGGAGCGAGCAACCUCAAGCUGGACCCAGUAGGGCCCCUGAUCCUCCACCAGCAAGAAGGGAAUCUCAAAUCCAAAUAAUACAAUAUAAAGUACCCUCGCCCCGUUCAAAAUUUGUGCCCAAAGCAAAAAAAUUGUCGAAAUUUACGACUCAGUCAUACCAAACUGAUGAAAAUGUUACUUUUACUCAGUCUGGCACAAUGGUUGGGAGACCUGUGACCAGAUCUACAAACCGAUCUAGCAGUGACACAAAUUUGCUUCAAUUGAAGAAAUCCGAGAAAAAAGACAUAAAGAAAAAACUAAUACAAAAACCGAUAAGAUCUGUUUCAAAUACAUCCAUCGAAUACCAAAGUGAACCACUACCAAAAGUGGAAAAGAAGAAGUCGAAAAAAGCGCUUACUCUGACAGUUUCUGCUACAGAAACUCAGAUAGUUGGGUUAGAGAAUGAAGAUGAACCUAUGCCGGGAACAUCCACACAAGAAGGACCAAGAAGAAGCCGCAGAUCUAGAAUCCCAGUCAGAAGAGUAUCUGAAGGUCCUCCACAAGAAAAACCAAAGAAAACCGGCAAACCCAAAAUCCAAGUCAACCCAACCCAACUCCAAUCUGAAGGUGCUUCACAGGAAAAACCAAAGAAAACCGACAAACCCAAAACCCAAGGCAAAAAAGGAAGCAACCCAACCCAAUCCCCAUCUGAAGGUGCUUCGCAGGAAAAACCAAAGAAAACCGACAAACCCAAAACCCAAGGCAAAAAAGGAAGCAACCCAACCCAACCCCCAUCUGAAGGUGCUUCACAGGAAAAACCAAAGAAAACCGACAAACCCAAAACCCAAGGCAAAAAAGGAGGCAACCCAACCCAACCCCGUAAGAAGUAAAUGUUAUGUUAUUGUUUAUGUGCAGUUGUGCAAUAUUUAGUUUAGUUAUUAGAUUAAAAUAGUUCUGUCCCAACUAUUUCAGUUAAGCAGUAUUCUUAUCAAUAAAACUAUGUUUAAAAUAGGAAGCAACCCAACCCCGUUGGAAGUAAAUAUUAUGUUCUUGUUUAUGUGCACUUGUGCAAUAUUUAGUUUAGUUAUUAUAUUAAAAUAGUUUUGUCCUAACUAUUUCAGUUAAGCAGUAUUCUUAUCAAUAAAACUAUGUUUUAAAAUAGGAAGCAACCCAAC